UGAGCAGAGAAGUUAGGAGUUACAUUUCAUUUUUGAAGUGGGCUGGGGUAUGAAGGAUCUUUCUAGGGAAAUUCCUCUUAGAGAUCCCUAACCAUAAAGAUCCUCAUUCUCGAGCCAGCAAAAACCACGAAAUACUAACUCCUUUUCCCUUCUUGAUUGAAUAAUAAUUCCAAAGAGAUGGCAGGAGGAGCAUUUGUGAGUCAGAGUGGAGGAGGAAACUAUGAAGGACGGGUUACCGGAUUUGUCAUCUACACCUGCGUGGUUGCGGCCAUGGGCGGUCUUCUCUUUGGAUAUGACCUUGGAAUCUCAGGAGGAGUCACCUCCAUGGAAUCUUUUCUGAAAAAGUUCUUCCCACAUGUAUACAAAACUAUGAAUGACAAAUCAAAACACGAAAGUGAGUACUGCAAAUUCGAUA